AUUGAGAGUCGACCGUUGAGAGAGAGAGAGAGAGAGAGUUAAGUAAACAAGAAGAGGAUUGGACUGGAUCUGCUCAGAAUUUACAAGGAAAGACAAAAGACACAAAUUAGUCAGCAGUACUGGUUCUGUGUUUGGAGAAGGAGCAACCGGCAAGACGAUUAGCAACUAGUCUAGCCUAGUGUGGUUGGAAAUGAACAGGAGACGCCAUGGCUGGCAACGCCCUUUCCAUCCUCUCCAGAUUGUUGGAAUUGCAGUUUACAGUUUUCUUGUGGUGGUCUUCUACACAUUCCUCGGACUUUUCCUCGGAAAUAGAACCGCCGAAAUCACGGUUACCACCGUCUUUUCCUUUGUGGCUGUAUCGGUCAUGUUUCUCUUCAUAAGGUGCACAGCCACUGACCCAUCUGACAGAACCAGCCUUAAGAAGAAGAACAAGAAGAAACCUAAAGGUGGCAAAGGACUUCCGAAGCUCAACUACGGCUUCCUUCUCGGCCAGAUUGUAGUCACCUUCUUUAGGAGGGUGGAGAGGAAGAUCCUCAGGACUUUUAUAAGGAGGAGGUAUCUCGAUCCAUGGAUGACCGCCGCUCAGUUGGAUCCCUUGCUCCCGUUUCCCUUUGUCCUCAUGAAGGAAGACGCUGUCUCUCCUGAUUUCAGGGAAGACGACAUCUCUUUCUGCGCACUCUGCGACUUUGAGGUGAAAAAACACAGUAAGCACUGCAGGACCUGCAACCGUUGCGUUGAUGGAUUCGACCACCACUGCAGGUGGUUAAACAACUGCAUCGGGAAAAAGAACUACACCACAUUCAUUCUCCUUAUGAUUUUCGUUUUGUUAUUGCUAAUCAUAGAAGGAUCAACUGCAAUUGCCAUAUUCGUCAGGUGCUUCUCAGAUAAAAAUGGAAUAGAACAGGAACUGAAGAGGAAGCUCUACGUGGAAUUCCCAAGAAGCGUUCUUGCUACAAUAUCGGUUUUGCUGACUUUAAUGAUAGCUUAUGGUUCAGCAGCAAUGGGACAGCUUUUUUUCUUUCAUGUGGUUCUCAUACGGAAGGGAAUGAGAACAUAUGACUAUAUCCUGGCAAUGAAAGAGGAGAGCCAAUCCAUAGAAAUGGAUCCAUUCGAUGUCGAUUCAGAUUUCUCCUCGGAUGUGAGUAGCGAUUUUGAUUCACCUGAAAAAGCCUCAUUCAUAUCGCGGUUUAUAUGCAGAGGAAGCGGUGCAACUCAGUUACAGAACAACCGAAGGUUGUCCAUAAGAAUUGAUAGCGAUCCUCAGCCCUUUACCUCAACUAAGAAACAAGGCUUCCGUGUCAGCAUUGACCCCUGGAGACUGAUCAAGUUGAGCAAAGAGAAAGCAUUGAUAGCAGCAGAGAAAGCCAGAGAACGGAUUGUGAAACAGAAGCCGCCUACAGAAGAGGAUUCAUUGAAACCCCUACCGUUAGAGACCAAACGUGGACCACUGAUGACGAGCACAGAUAAAAGCACGGCUACUGCUAUAGGAUCAGGCUUAACACCUCUUAUAUCCAAAGGGUGGAUGCCUGGGUCACCCGGCAGAAAGUUUUCAAGCCCAAGAAGGCGGUUUUCUGGCUCGCCAACAACGUCAUCUGGCAUUGCGCCGUCACCAAAACAAAAAUACCGAAACAAUUUUGACUUGAAAUUGACGGAGGUGUCGAGGGAGCUGGAGACCUACAUAUCAAGGCAGGUUUUGUGUUCUGUUAUAAAGAAGGAUGGGAAUGAGGCAUCUCCGAGAUAGGGAGGAUUGUGCUUAGUAGAAAAUUGAUUCUCAACCUUUGAGAAAGGUUCAUUUACCACCUGUGUGUGUACUCUUGAUAUCUUAUGCGGUUUUUUUGGAGACUAAUGUAUAUGCACUCUUAAAAUUAUUAUACCACCCAUUGGAUGUAAUUCUUUUAAACUUUACUCGCCAUUCAAUGUACUUUUACUUUCAUCGAAA